AUGUCACGGGUCCAUUUUGACACCUCGAACUAUCCUUUCAAAUUCGAACCCUUUCUGCGACAGGAGUACUCGUUUUCUCUGGAUCCUGAUCGCCCCGUUUGCGAAUUGUAUAAUCCGCGGGAGGGCCCUUCUUCGUGUCCUAACGGUACCUCAUGUCCAAACAAGCACGUCUUGCCCAUUUUCCACAAUAAAAUUGUCUGUAAGCAUUGGCUGCGAGGCCUGUGUAAGAAAAAUGAUCAAUGUGAAUACCUGCACGAGUAUAACCUGCGCAAGAUGCCCGAAUGUGUUUUCUUCUCAAAGAACGGAUACUGCACACAGUCGCCAGAAUGCCAGUACCUGCACAUUGAUCCAAGCACCAAGAUCCAGGAGUGCGAAGAGUACAAAAUGGGAUUUUGUCCCGUAGGACCACAGUGCAAGAAACGACAUGUCAAGAAGGUUAUAUGCCCCCGCUACGUGACAGGUUUUUGUCCCUUGGGAAGAACGGACUGUGAUUUAGACCAUCCUCCAUUCGUGAUCCCCAACGACCUCAGUAAGCUCAGAAUCAAGAAUGACGACGAAAUAAACACCAAGAAACUCGACGAAGAAAAAGAGCGUCGUUUGAACGCUAUCAUCAAUGGCGAAAUAUUUGCCUAG